UUAAAGUUAUAAAAAGUUUUGUGACGUGUAUGUUUUGUUUCUGAUAUGUCUAGAUUUUAAAUAUUGCGUUGUAAAUAAUGGUGUCAAUGGAUAUAGUUAGCAUUAAAAUUAAAUCAUUUACAUAAGGAUAUGACAGCGCAUUUUAAUUUAGACGAAGUUGUUAAACACAUAAAAACUAUUUCAGAUAAUAAUCGUUGUAGAGUUUGCGAUAAACUAUCUGGCGAUAGACUGCGAUACCCUUGCGGACACACAAUAUGUGGCGAAUGCGUAUUAGUAACUGAUGAGUGUUUAACUUGUACUACAUCUUCGAAAACACAGCCUGCGGUUGACCUGGUUCAGGGGCAACUUGUACAAAAUGUUUCAAAUCUUCUAACUACAUUUCAAGAAGCCUUUAAAAUAGAUGUAUACCGGAGAUACAGACUUUCUGAGAAAUUGAGAAUUGAAAAUCAAUUAUUCCCGGAAUGUAUUCAAGCUUCUGCAAAAUAUUAUAACAAAAGGAGGAGUUCUAAUAUCAGAACAAGUGAUGAUAAAGAAAAUUUAUUAUCAUCAUUUUAUGCUGGUGAAGAAUUAAAUAAGUCCUAUUCUACAACAAUGAACACCAGAAUAAAUUUAGUACAAAAAUGGCUUGAAAAAAAUGAAAAAGUGGAAAGACCUAUAAGAAAGCCAUUUUCAGAUGUGAAUGUAAAUAAUUCAUAUAGGAGCAAUACAGAAAAUAAGAUCAAAAAAGGUCUUAAAGCCCAUAAUCAAGAAAACAAUUUAAAUAAGAAAUCAAAGAAAGUAAACAAAGAUAGGAACAUUUCUAAAACUAAAAAAAAAUCAAAGAAUGUGUCAAGUCCAUCUUUGCUAGACUAUUAUAAGAAUGAAACAAUAAAAAAUAAAGCCAAGCCAGAGAAUAUACUAAAUUUUGACAAAAAAUAUGAUAUGUCAUCAAAAGUAGUUAAUGAUAAUAAGUAUGAAAAUAAUACUGAUGUUGAAUAUAUUGACACUAUUGUUAUAGAGGACACACAAUCACAAGUUGUUGACAAAGACAGAGAUGCAUGGCUAAAAGUUGUUGAAGAACACAAUAAAGAAUCAAAUAAUUUUAAGGACAAACUAAAAAGCUCAGAACAAAUACUUUUAUCUGAAACUCAAAUUGAAUUAAUACCACCCAGUGUUAAUAAUAAAAAAAAUGUUGUUUAUUACAAAAAGGCUUACCUUUUUAAAUCAUGUCAUUCCUGUUUAAGAAAUGAUGUCGAGAGUGUUAGAGCAGAAAAUCAGAGGCUAAAUUCUAAUGUAUCAAUUACUAUUAAUACAAACAGUAUUUCAAGCACUAUUAAAGUUUUAAGAGAUGAUGAAAAUUUUAAUAGUAAAGUAAUCAAACACUCAAUAGAAACUCAGACAGAGGAUUUUAAUCACAUAUCCCCUUCGUAUGAGAAUAUUUCUAGUCCAGAUUUAUUUUUAGAUGAUGUAAAAAAACUAGAAGACAUUGAUAAAGAAAACUUGAAUGAUAAAGACAUUGGAAUAAUUGAUAAUUCCAUUUCUCAUAACAUAAAUGAUUCCGACAGUGAUGAUAUGGAAUGUAGCGGUCCAAUUAAAGUGUCUGUGGAUGUUCACAGAUCUAAUGACACGGAGGGUAUUCUAUCUACGUUAGACUCUGCAGAUUACCAUUCCCGAGUGAGGCGGUCAGCGCGUCGGCCCACAGUUGACAGCAACAAUUCCUCGGAAAAAGAAAAUCUGGAGCCAAACAGGAUUAAACGACGAAGACUAGGCAAGAAACACGGACUUAAGAAAUGAUGGAUUAUUAUCUUAAAAAAAAAUCCUGUUACAUUACUGAUUUUUCUUUGGGCAAUAAGAAGUAGACCCGUUUCAUGAAAAGAGUUACAUCUUUAAGAUCUCUUAAAAUAUGUAACUCUUUUCAUCGGAUGCAUCAGAGGUGUUGUACAUAUGUAGUUCUAUUAUUGAGUAUGAAAGAAUAGCAGGUUUUAUUACUGUUUAAUAUAAAUAAUUGAAGAUUUUAUUAAACAAACUCGAAUAUAAUUUAAAAAUGAGAAUAAAGUGAUUGCAGAACAGCAGACUUAUUGUCAUAGUUGAUGUUUUGAUUUCAAGGUAUCUUAUUCUUUAAUGGUCAAAUAAAAUGUUUACAUGUACCAUUGUUCCCUACCUCACCCUCUGUAUCGCAGACUUGUUCAAGUAAGCUCUACAAAUGAUCAUAUUACAUUUUCCUUGUAUUUUAGUUUAUAACUAUAUUUCUAUUAAAUUAAUUGCAGUCAUCUUAAAAAGAAUCUAAAAAGGGUUGAAAUUUGAAAGAGUGAUGUUUUAUAAAUUUUUGAAAAAAUUCGAAUUCACUACUUUUAUGAUGUUACUAUCUUGCGCCCGUGAUUAAAUUCUCGUUACUCGUGACUAAAUUAGUGUAUUCAGCGAUUUCAUUCAAAGACAUUUUAUUUUAUAAAGUGAUUUUUUUUUCUGAUUAUGUAAAACAUUGAUAAUUAUAAUUUUAGUAUGUAUAUGUAUUUAUUUGUGAUAAGUUAAUACCAGUAAUUAAUGUUUUAAGAUAUACUUUUAUUAUUGAUUUGUACUUCUUAUUCUAAUCCAAAACAUAAAGUUUGUAAACAGUUUAAACUACAUACUUUUAUGUAAAAAAAAUUUUAUACAUGUUUCUGAUGAAAUGUGGUCCAUUUACCUUAAUUGCAUAGUACAGCUAUGUACUAAGAUAUGUUUUCAGUGUCAUUUACAAACUUUAUGUUUUAAAUUAGAGUAAUGCUGUAUGUAUGUUAGCUGUAUGGUCUGUACAAUCAGUAAAAAGCUGGGAUGAAAUCCCAGUUAUGAAGUAUGAUUGACCAAUAAAAUGGUGAUAGAAUCACCUGUCAACUUAGUUUUUAUGGACCAAAUUUAGGUUUAAACAUCGCAAUAGUUUUAAUUUUUGCUCUUCCGUUGAUGCUUUUCGGCUUUGACAAAUUAUUUUUUUUAUUUAUUUGUACUACAGAGGCAUAAAUUAAACCAAAAAGCAAGAUCAUCGUGCUUUACUUUCUAGGUGUAAGUUGUAUUGUUAAGUUGAACAAAUAUGUUGAAAUAUAUAUUUUUUU